AUGGAUAAACGCGACAAGACGGCGAAAGAAGAAUCCGGGAAGUCAACCAAACGCAAGGAUAAAAUCACAGUGAAGCUGUUUCGGAGGAAAUCGUUGAAAUCCGUGGAAAGUUUGGUGACUAGGAUCAUGAAAAGUUUCGGAAGCUGGGCUGGCGGUGGAGAAACAACUGAACGCUCGGAGACUGAAGAAGACGAUGGUGGGUUUGGAGAGAGCGCACCUUGCGCUGGAAACUCUGGACAUCUGAAAAAAGAGGAAAGUGGCCAGGGGAUGAAAAGUUCAUCGGUUCCCACCGGCCGUUCCUCGUCGAAAGAGCGACCAUCUUCGCUGUACGGGGAUAAAACGCCAGGCGUGAUAGGUUUGAAGAACCACGGGAACACCUGCUUCAUGAACGCCGUUGUGCAAUGCCUGAGCAAUACGGAUUUGCUCGCUGAAUACCUGGGUUUGGAGAGAUAUAAACAGGAUCUGUGUCAUAUAAACGGGUUUGUGAGGAGUGGGAACGUACAACACGAGAAGGGAGAAGUAACGGAACAGCUCGCGUCCCUUGUUCGAGCGCUUUGGACUUUUCAAUACACGCCUCAACUCUCGGCGGAUUUUAAGAUGACUGUGUCUAAAUAUGGAGCACAGUUCCGGGGGAACUCCCAGCAUGAUGCUCUGGAAUUCCUGCUUUGGCUGUUGGACCACCUGAAUGAGGACGUCAACUUGUCCUCCACCUUCCCCAGUGGGAAUAACAAAAGCAAAUCCAGUGGAAAGAGUCAAGAAGGAGGAGAAGAGAAGCUUGAUGGUCUGACCCCACCAAAUAUGCAGCCUGGUCUACGCCACAGCUUCGUACAAGAGCAUUUCCAAGCGCAAUACAAGUCAUCUCUGACGUGCCCUCAUUGUCUUAAGCAGAGCAACACAUUUGAUCCUUUUCUGUGUAUAUCUCUCCCUAUUCCUUUAAGACAGACAAGACCAGUCUGUGUGACUCUGGUGUUUAGUAAAAAAGGGCAGCGGUAUCUGCGAGUGGGUCUCGCUGUGCCUCUCUUCGGAUCUUUGGCAUGUUUGCGCAGGAUGGUGGCAGAUGAGGGCAAGAUCUCUCCAGAUCAGGUGAUAUUGACUGAGAUCUACACAACAGGCUUCCAGCGUUCUUUCUUUGAUGAUGAUGACAUGACCAGCAUAGCAGAGAGCGACAUCAUUUAUGCCUUCCAAGCUCCGCCCCUUUACAUCAGGGGUGGAUCUGCACGAAUCUCAGGGUUCCACCACAGUCUACCGUCUUCCCCGUGUGCCUCGUCCUCUGGGCCGGAGAGUCAGAGACUGGCUGCAUCUGGAGCAUUGUCCUCUGAGUUCCUCAACCAGGCUGAUGGGAUGCUAAAGAUCUUACUGCUGGUUUGUAAUGCAGCCGGAGUGGGACAGCAGGCAGUGAGAUUUGGCCCUCCAUUUCUGAUGAGAGAUGACAGAUCGGUGUCCUGGGACCAAUUACAGCAGAGCAUCCUCAAUAAAAUCUACUAUCUAAUGAUCAAUGGAUCACAAGCACAGAACUUCAGGGUGUUGUUCAAGAUUCGUGUUGUGGGGGGAUCGCCAUCAUAUAGCUACUUAAAUCCCCAAGAUCGACGACCACUUUAUCACCCUGCGGUGGACAGGGCAUUAAAGCUGUGCAGCUCAGGUGGACCUCCACAUGUGAAGCUCAUUGUUGAAUGGGAGCACAGAAUCAAAGACUGUCUGUUUGGUAAUAUACAGGAGGAGGUGGUGAAGGAUUCAGAGAGCGUUCGUACUCAACAGCAACACCACGUUCAACAGCACAGCUGCACACUGGACGAGUGCUUUGAGCUUUACACCAAAGAAGAACAACUAGCCCCUGAUGAUGCAUGGAAGUGCCCUCACUGUAAGCAGCUACAGCAGGGUAUGGUGCAGAUGAGUCUUUGGACGCUCCCCGACAUCCUCAUUCUCCACCUCAAACGUUUCCGACAAGUAGGAGAACGCCGCAACAAGCUCUCCACACUGGUCCACUUCCCCCUUACGGGUCUCGAUAUGAGCCGCCAUGUGGUCAAGAGGAGCAACUGUGCACGACUGCCACCUGGCUCGAAACAUCAAGCCCACAACAGGCCUGACAGCAGCAGACAUUCACCAGACUUCCUGUACGAUCUGUAUGCUGUGUGUAACCAUCAUGGAGGCAUGCAUGGGGGCCAUUACACAGCAUACUGCAGGAAUUCAAUGGAUGGACAGUGGUACGCCUAUGAUGACAGCAGUGUUGAGCUAGUACCCGAGGGGGAAGUGUGCACACGUGGUGCUUAUAUCCUGUUUUACCAGAGACGUGACACAAUUCCACCCUGGUCAGCUAGCUGUUCCCUACGAGGCUCCACCAGCUCCUCUGCAUCUGAUCACUGGCUUUUCCGACUGACUGCGGACAACCACAUUUCCAGUCCUUCUAGCAAGUUGUCCAACUCGUCUUCAGUUCCUGAACCCCAAACCCCAAAUGUUCCUGUUAUCCAUGAGCCCCCUAAAGAAGACAUUGAUGGAAUUGAGCCUAAGCGAUUUGUAAGGGGUAGUCGGGGCCACAGUAUGAGUAUGCGUUACAACUCCAAAUCCAAGGCAGGCCCAGGUAAAGUUCUUCCACUACGCUGGUCAUUUGGUUCCAAGGACCGUCGAAAACCCUCAACCGUAGCACCACAAACUGGAACUGACGAGCUGGUGGAGUACCUUGAGUCUGGCCGACGGCCUCGUUGUACCAAGGAGCCCAUAGUUAGCAUUGUAGCAAGUCCUUCACAGGUUGAAGCUCAGCUUGGUGAAGACGAUUCUCUUAGCUCCCCAAGUGGUUGUAGCAGUCUCAACGGUAUGGAGAGAAGGAGCUAUCAAGGUCCAGAUUCGCCCCGAUUACCCGAAGGCCAGAGCAGACUAGCGCUGGAUCUUAACAGCAUUCAUUCUAAUGCCAGUGCAAGAACUGAUGGCACAUUGGCAAAGAACAGUUCGAAAACAACCAGGCAGGAGCAAGCAGAAAGGACUCAGGACAGAAAGUCUCUUCGAGGUUCCCCUACUGGGUUACACAAUGGGACUAGAUCAGCAGUUAAUGUUCCCGCUCUUUCCAGAGACACUACAUUAAAAAGACUCCGAAGCCAACCAGAUGCAACUAACAGGAAUCUUGGUCAAACACAGGUGGUCACUGGGUCCAAAGUUGAGGAACGUAGGACUAAAGAUGGCAUCCUUUCCGUCAACUCUGGCCCUACACAUACAAUUGCCCAAUUCCAGGAUGGGAGGUCUAAGGAGGUGGGGCAUGGGAAAGCUCUUUCCAAUAAGAGCUUGGUCAAAUCAUCUCAAUCCAAUGGCACUCUAAAUGGAAAGGGUGUUGAGGCGAGGAAAACCAGUACUUCCCACAGGAUCACCAAUAAACCAAGAGAAAUCCAGGUUUCUUCAAACUCAGCUGAUAUAAAACGUGCCCACAGCUCAUCCAAUAUUCAAAGCAAGCUAGAUAUGACUUUGAAGAGGACAUUGUCUCUCCAAAGAAAUGGUCAGCUGGUGACAGCCCAUAAGGGACUUGCGGUAGAUAAAGUCUCCUAUGCAACGCUACAGAGAAUUAGAUAUAGCAGCACUUCACUUGGCAGACAGAGACCUGUUCCUGAGUCCUGCUUCUGACAUGUUUCAUAUUCACUGUGGAAAAGAGUGGUUUUUAUGUAUUUUGUUUGUAUGUAGGCAUCGGGCAUAACAUAGUCUCCCCUACCAACUCUGGGGGGAAUUUAGUAAGAAGGAAUUGCGCCCACUGAUACUGCAUCAAUAUUUUAUAUGAACAUUUAUGCAUUUUGGGAGACACAUUUACAGUGCAUUUAAGGCAUAAAUGUUCAUAAGAAAUUCAGUUUGUGUGUUCCAUGGGAAUCUAACCCAUGAUCUUGCCGUUGCUACCACCAUGCUCUACCAGUUGAGCUACAGUAAUGAAUUUUCAAUGAAUUUCAUUCAUUGAAAUUCAAGUGUAAUAUCUGCCGGGUGGGGUUCGAACCUCCAACCUUUAGAGCUAUAGUCCAGAUCUUGACACUAUGUAGUAAGAAAAUGAGUUAUUAGUAUACUAAUUACUAUUUCCAUGCACUGUCUGCAUUGUUUGAGCACCCAAUUGACUAAAGGAAUUAGGUAAAUCAGCUAACAACGCGAAUACAGCCAUAAAAUUUGCACUGAUCAUAAUUUGCGCUCGGGAGAUGCACCCAAUUAAACAAAUAAGGCGAAAUUUGCGCUGAUUGCAAAUUGUGCGGGGGGCAAUUACAGCAAACAUAUGUGCAUAUAUGGCUUAAAGACAGCGAGUGGUCAAAUUUCAUAAUGGGAACUCAAUGUUUUUCCACAUAAGCUUAGAAAAUAUUCCAAUUUGCCUGGCUACAAUUACUGCUACCAUGAUCGCUAGAAAAUGUACACAAACAUCCCUUUUAACCACCCAGCAUUUUGUGGGCGGUAAUGGCAUAAUGUGAAUUGUGUCAAGCAAAUAGGGCUGUUAUUUGUAAAAUUAGCCUUAUUUGCAUAGAAAUGAUGCGUGUUUGCCCAGAAAAAAUUACAAUAGCUUCAUUUAAAUGUUCAUGUCGUAGCGCUAUGGCACCAAAAUAGUGCCUUAUUAUGUAGGACUGUGGAAGGUUUGUAAAUAAAAUGCAGUUUUUAUGUGCACUACAGUUUCACAACUGUAGAAUUGCGUUAAUAUCCCUACAGUACCUUAUUUUUGUUUUUUGACUCGUUACGCAGCUAUGAUAUUAAAACACUUUUACAGUAGUACAUGACAUGUA